AUCAGAAAUACAUCCUGGGGAUGUUGCUUCGUCAUUUUUUUGUCGGCGAUGAGGAUGCUCUCCAAACUUUUGAGCAGCAGCUACAGACUCGCAGUUUAUUCGUUUAGUUAUAUGUUUGCUUAAGUUUCGUCGCGCUGUUAUUACACAGUCAGCUUUGGCGGUCGUAGAACAUUACUUUACUUGGCGUAUUCUACUAAUACAAUGACCGGAGUUUUUGAUUGUCUAACUUCAGAUAUGCAUUCCAGCCAGAUUACCUCAAACAGUUACCACACCUUGCACAAAUCGCAGGAAUCUCCAACUCUACCGGUGUCGACUGCCACAGACAGCAACUAUUACAACAACCAACAGACUGGACACUGCGCUGGAUCGCCUUACGGACAGCUUGGUCUUUAUCAGUACCAACACACGAACGGUAUAGGCAACGGUCAGUACAACUCCAAGUCCUACGACGUGGGCUUCAACACUUCUUACAACACAUACGGCUCAUACGCUUCCAGCUCCUCGCCACCUCCUACGGACGCAGAAAAAGAAGAAGGUGAGAGUGAAAUCCGAAUAGUCAAUGGGAAGCCGAAGAAAGUCAGGAAACCUCGCACUAUCUACUCCAGCUUUCAGCUGGCCGCGCUUCAGAGGCGCUUCCAAAAGACACAGUACUUGGCUUUACCUGAGAGAGCUGAGCUUGCGGCGUCCCUGGGACUCACACAAACUCAGGUGAAAAUCUGGUUUCAGAACCGCCGGUCGAAGUUUAAGAAGCUGUGGAAAAACGGAGAAAUUCCCCCGGAACAACAUGUGGCUUCCAGCGAGUCUCCCCCCUGCAGCUCUCCGCCAGCUACCAUAGCCUGGGAUUUUCCUCCAAAUCAAAGAAUGAACGGUGUAAACACGGGCUUGGUUCAAAGCAGUAGUCCUCCUAACUCGACUGCUCCUUCCUUCAUGGCAAACUAUUCCUGGUACAGUUCCACGAACUCUGCAGCCCAUGUACCAGCUAACCCGUUAUUACAGCACCAUAACUCUGCUAUGAGUGCGGGGACUAUAUUUUAACACUGGGCUGAACAACUCGUGAAAGACGACAAAAAAAAGAUUUUUACUGACCGUCUGGGUAUUUUUUAUAUGGACUUGAAAUUUGUAAACUCGUACUUUCACGACGGAGGCAAAAAACGCGCGAGUGUGACAGACUUGUUAGUCGGUGCCAGACUGUAAAAUUUCUCCCUGCCCCGAUUUUUAAGAAUUAAUGUUUGCGAAGUUGUUUGUAAACGUCUCAUGGGCAAUUAUGCAACAUUUAAAUUAUUAUUUUUUUUUGUAUUUAUUUAUUGUGUUUGUUUUGGUUUUCGAAAUAUGAAAGCAAGACGUAUAUUCAGAACGGCGUGUUUUUACAAUAUAUGCAAAUCGUUAGUGGGGCAGUUCGGCGUAACAUCUCAAGUAAAUGUAAGCAUUGCGGUAAUAAACAUGUAGCAGCCUUUAAACGGUGAUGUUGGAUUUUGAAAAUGACCUCGAGUUUGUUAGCAAACAUGUUUGUAUGUACCAAAAAUUGUUUUUAUUAUAUAUUAUUUCCUUAUGAGGUUAAGUGGAGCAUAUCGAACUAGUUUGCAUUAAACUUAAAGUCUUUACUGUUAUAAAAUAUAUCUGUUUAAUGUAAACAAUUUGUUUAACUUACACCGUGAAAUUACCUAAUGUGUUCUAUAAAAUAUUAUGCGUUUCAUAACUAAUUAUUUAUUUUAUUACAAAAAUGUUAUUUACAGCUGUAGUUAACAAUUCGAAAUUUAAACAAAAACACAUUCUAUUUUGCCUAAAAAAGGCCCAACCUGGUUAAGUGUUUUUGUUUUUUUUACAAGCGUCGGCGAUCGCUUCUGCGGAUCGUAAAUUUAAAUCUAUUCAUGUCCAUUUAGCCAAAUUAACGCAUCAACUUCACUUUAACCUUCUGUUAUUCUGUAAAUUUACACGCCUUGUCAAUUUUAUAAGGCUGCAUUAAUAUCUCUCGCCUUCAUAAAUACACCAUGAACUCUGUUACCUUAAACGUCGCGAUGAAUUUCUUCUUACUUGAAUUUUUAGUUUGGAAACUAACAAUAUGACAAAGCUUUUGAAAAUGUUUUGUACAAACAUAUAACUAGAAUUAAUAGGACGGAGGAUACGAUGUUUGCAUAUUAGUUCCGUAAAAUUAUUCUCGAACAAACGUGAAUUGCGACCACUAAAUUUUAUAUUUAAAUAUUAAGGUAUUAAUAACCAUUUUUGAUUUAUUUUUCUGCUAAAAGGUUUUUUCGGUGCAUGUGCUGGAAUGGCACGUCGAUUUGCUUGAGUAGGGUCCGGAGAAUGCGAUGCAGACAGGAUGAUUAACAGACAGGACGUUGAGCCCGAGGCGCAGUGUGAGAAAGAGUGGUUCAAGGCACGCAACGCGCCUUGGCUUGUGAGCGGUGGGAUGAGGGCGUUUUGCUGAGCGUUGCCCCUCAGACUCUCUGGAGUCAUAACGCCUCUCCCAGACUUUUUAUUAACUCAGCUCCGCCAAGGAGAAAAAAAAAGCGUAAUCUUAAAAAACGCCCCAAGCAAACCAACAUGGAAACAUUUCUCCUAUAUUCGCGUUGCCUCGGUCAGCAGAGGGCUUUUGUAUGGGUGUACGCAGAAGCAGAGUUACCCGUCGCAUUUAAAGUAUUUCACAGGCUUUCUUUCCGAUUUAGUGAUUUAAUAAAUCGCAGUUCACAGGAGUGUAGGAAUUCUAAAAUUACAAGGACUUUAGCAAAGUAGCAUAUUGAUUAAAAAUGGGGAUUUGUACUAAUUACAAACCUAUUUGUAUGAUCCAAGUGUCCACUGUAUCUACUGAAAUUUGAUUACGGUUGUAUGUUUUAUAAUAAAUAAUUGAAAACCA